CACAGAAUAGACAAGGCCCAGGCGAGACAUCGUGUUCCCAGCGUUUCUCCAGCUCAGGUCACCCAUCUGCAGACUGCAGGACUCAGACUCUGACACAGAGCUGUGGGAGUGCAGUGCUCACAGUGUCCAGGUUUUUUAUAUUCGUGGAUGGAUACAGGAGGCUUUUUGAAGAUGUUUUUUAUUUCUCUGCUGGGUGGAUUUAUGAACAUGUCAACAUGAAUGUACUAAGCGGCCUUCUGCCUUGAGUGAGUCCGUCGUCGUCUCCAGUGUUCCAUGUCCGGACCUUAACCAGCAGAGACAUGUCCAAUGACACCUGCAGCCUCCCUCUGGACACGGACGUCUUUGCCCUGACCUGUGUCUACGGUGUCAUCUUCUCCUUGGGCCUGCCCAGCAACCUGCUGUCUCUUUGGGGCUUGUACCACCUCGGUCGCUCGGGUAGCGGGGGCUGCCAGCUCGUUUACAUCCUCAACCUGCUGCUGUCGGACCUCCUCCAGCUGCUCACCUUGCCCCUGUGGAUCCUCUACCUGCAGGGUGCCCACCGCUGGCCCUAUGGCAGGCUCACCUGCGAGCUGGUCGGAUACGUGUUUUACGUCAACGUCUACGCCAGUGUCAUGUUCCUGUGUCUGAUCGCCAUGGACCGCUGCCUGGCCAUCGUGUACCCACUGAGCAGCCGCAGGGUGCGGACAGUGAAGGUGGCGGCGGUGCUGGGAGUGGCUGUGUGGAUCCUGACCUUCCUGUUCUGCCUGAGUGGGUUGCUGCCGUCGGUGUUUGACUCUGAGCGGCAGCUGUGUCUGGAGAAGUACCCGGUCAGCCCCAGAUACGCUCACUUUAAGAUCAUCACUGUGCUUCUGGGUUUUCUGCUGCCAUGUACCAUUCUAGGCUACACCUCAGCUCACAUCGGGGUGACACUACGCCGGUCUCCAUCUCUCUCCAACCACGAGCGCUACAAAAUCGUUGGCAUCCUGGUCGUGAUAACAUUCAACUUUAUUGUAGUCUUUGGACCCUACCACCUGGUAGGCGGAUACAGGUUUGUGUCCCUGUUGGAGACCGACGAGCCGUGUCCGUUUGAGCAGUCCAUUUUCUACGUCUACCGCCUGUGCUACGGCCUGACCAGCCUCAACACUUUACUGGAUCCCCUGUUUUACAUCUUCCUCUGCCCUGACGCUCGGCUAGAGCUGCAGAGGUCCCUGCCCUGCCUGAGAAGAGGACAAAAAGGCCAUAAAAACAUGAGCAUGAGUACCAGAUGUCACCUGGACAAACAGAGGGAGAAUGAAAACAGACAUAACUUUGUGACAAUCUAAACUGGACUGAACAGGUGUAAUGGCGCCAUCGAGUGGAAAACUGCUGCUGUUUCAGUUUCUUAAUGAAAACAUGAAUUUGCUCCUGUAAAGUACAGAAGACUUGUGGAAGGAUUUUGUUUCAAUUUGUACCUCCAACACAUUUAUUUAGACUGAAGACCUGCUUUCGAUUAGAUUGGAGGAUUUUUUCAAAGCUGCAGUACGUAACUUUCAUAAAAAUAUAUUUAUUUUCAUAUUUGUUAAAAUUUUCACCAUUUUGUGACAGAUUGCUAUGAAUCAAAUAAUCUGUGAAAAGAUCGAUCUCCCCCACCUCCUCCAUGUCCUUUAAUUGCUGUCUGAAGAAAUGCACCAAAAACAAUCAAUCAGAGACAGGAGGAAGGGCUUAGUGGUGUCAAUAAACCUCAAAUGUGCUAGUGAUGGAGAAAAAACUUACUGUUACAGGAAAACAGUUUAACUCCCGUCAUGCUAACUAGCCAAGCAUCCAUAACCAGAUCUGCUGAUGGAGAAAAGAUGCAUUAGAGAGGGGUGAGCAGAACUGCACAAGAUUGAUUGACAGCACUAAGCCCCACCUCCAGGCUCUGAUUGGUUGUUUCUACUCAGAGAAAGCAGAGCUUGAGUAUUUCACAGAUUUUUGUGUCCUACCGUCACCACAUAAUGACAGUUUCAACAAAUAUGUAAAAAGAAAAAAAUGUAUAUAUUAUAAAUGUUAAAUACUGCAGCUUUAAGGAUAUACCAUGUUAAAACUUUGACUAGACCACUCAAAAACUUUCAGGAUAUUUUGCUGGCAUAAGAGAUGAACUUGUUGAUAU